AUGAAGAGUAUAUUACUGCUACCUAUUUUAUUAGUUCUGUGUAGUGGUAGUGUGUUAAAAAACAAUGAUGAAAGGGAAUUGGAUUGGUGGGAAACAACUAUUUUCUACCAGAUAUAUCCUCGUUCUUUUGCUGACAGUGAUGGAGAUGGUAUUGGUGACCUAAAUGGUAUUACAUCAAAAUUAGACUAUAUCAAAGAAUUGGGAGUCGGAGCCAUUUGGUUGUCACCUAUGUUCCAGUCACCUAUGUAUGAUUUCGGAUACGAUAUUGCUGAUUUUUACGCCGUUCACGAUGAGUACGGCACUAUGGAAGAUUUUGAAAAUUUAAUUGAAACUGCCGACAAACUUGGCAUAAAGGUAGUUUUGGAUCUGGUGCCAAAUCAUACGUCCAACGAAAGUGUUUGGUUCCAAGAGGCUCUUAAUGGUAACGAGAAAUAUUAUAACUAUUUUGUGUGGGAAGAUGGAGUAAUCGAUGAAAAUGGGAACAGACAACCACCAAAUAAUUGGAUAAGCCAUUUUAGAGGUAGUGCCUGGGAGUGGAGAGAAGAGGUUCAGAAAUAUUACUUGCACCAAUUCGUUGUCGGUCAGCCCGACUUAGACUAUCGCAAUCCUGAUGUCGUCGAAGAAAUGAAGAAUAUUAUUCGCUUUUGGUUGGCAAAAGGUGUGGCAGGAUUCAGAGUAGACGCCGUUAACUGCUUAUAUGAAGUUGAUAAGAAUCUAUUCGGUGGUAGAUAUCCUGAUGAGCCCCUAUCAGGCAAUAUUGAUGCUCAUCCCGAAUCACACGAUUACCAUAAUCAUAUUUAUACCAAAGAUCAAAAUGAAACAUACUACAUGGUUUACGAAUGGAGAGAAGUUUUUGAUGAGUUUAAAGCAAUUGAUGGCCUGACCAGAGUGAUGAUGACAGAAGUUUAUGCUAGUGUUCAAGAUGUAAUGAAAUAUUUCGGCGAAGGCGAUAAGAAGGGCGCUCAAAUGCCGUUCAAUUUCGAUCUAAUAACUGACGUCAACGAAUUUUCAUCAGCUUACGAUAUCAAACGAGCUGUGGAUAAAUUUAUAACCUAUAAACCUCUCGACAAACAAGCAAACUGGGUGGUCGGAAACCAUGACAACAGCCGAAUGGCAACAAGAUACGGAUCAUCUUUAGUUGAUGGAAUCAAUAUGAUUGUGUUGUUACUUCCGGGUGUUGGCGUAACAUAUAUGGGUGAAGAACUCGGUUUAGUGGAUGGGUACGUCAGCUGGGAAGAUACGGUCGACCCCUCUGGAUGUAAUACUAAUGACCCAAUAAAUUACGUUUCUUCAUCUCGAGACCCGGAAAGAACACCGUUCCAGUGGAAUGCUGAAAAAAAUGCUGGUUUCUCUACGGCUGAUAAAACCUGGCUUCCAGUUGCAGAAGGUUAUGAAACUCUAAAUGCUGAAGUACAAAUGGCUGCAGAAAGGUCUCACUUUAAAAUUUACCAAAAGCUGGCUAAACUUCGCCAAGAAAAGGUUUUCAGAUAUGGACGUUACGAAUCUUUAGCUAUGAACGCAGAUGUUUUUGUAUUUAGGAGGUGGUACAACAACGAGAACUAUCUUGUGGUUGUGAACAUGCGUGAAACAGACCACGAAAUCAAUCUAUCUUACUUCGAAAAUGUAACUGGUGACGUCAGUGUAGUUCUCAGAAGCAUUCAAUCGCCGAAGAAUGAGGGUGAGGUAUUCAGCGCGUCGUCUCUGCCAGUGGUUGGCUACGAGGGUCUUGUGCUAAAACUGAAUUAA